AUGCAGCUUCGCUCUUUUCUCAGUCUCGCAAUCACGCUCGCAUGUGCCAGAGCUACAUUAGAUCCAUGCACAACCAACUCCAAGGGAAAGAUUCCCUCCAAGUUGAACUGCUCGGCGACCAAAGUUUCCAAAGCUAUCCAGGCAGCCGAGUGCUCGCACAAUACUCGCACUUCCAAGACUCAGACGUUUGCCGUCUUCGUUACUGAUCACUCUUACGACAAGAGCUACGGCGCUCCAUACGGGACUUGCUCGGCGUACACUUGUGCGGCACCGACGAGCAACCAGACCGAGUCGGAAAAAGAUUCCUGGAUCUUCUACUGGGGCGAGGGUGGUGAUAGCACUGGGUAUGGUACUACUUGCGUGAAGAGUCCAGACGAUGGUACUUGUGGAUGCCAGAACAGCAAUGGGCAAUUCAUCUACGGAGGCAAUGAUUGCGUUUGA